AGCACCUGCAGCAGCAGAAAGUGAUUAAAGACGUGCUCUCAGCCGAUGGUGUUUGUUCGAUUGAGUCGUGGGGUCGACAUGGACCUGCGCCUGGUCAUUUGGUUGAUUUUUCUGCCGAGUUUAAAAUGUUCCUCUGGCCAAGUCUUGGUGUGCCAUAAAGACCAGUGGCAGUGUGAUGAUGGACACUGCAUCACUGCUGCUUGGAGAUGUGAUGGAGAGGGAGACUGUCUGGAUGGAUCGGAUGAAAUGGGCUGCGCUGCCUCCACAGACCCUGAUUGUCCACCUGGUCAGUUUCCAUGCUUGGACUCUGUUGGCUGUGUGGAUGUGUCCGCCCGCUGUGAUGGGCAGAAUCAGUGCCCCACUGGUUCUGAUGAGGAGAACUGUCCAGCCACAGAGGGCUGCCUGGAUUCUGAAUGGAUGUGUGGAAACCGCAUCUGUAUUCCCAUGGAGCUGCGCUGCGACGGACAAAACGACUGCAUGGACAACUCUGAUGAAGACAAAUGUGGUAAAUGCAGUGAGGAUGGCCUCCGGUGUCCUGAUGGAAAGUGUCUGUUAGCUGAGGAUAGGUGUGAUGGACAGUUUCAGUGUUCUGAUGGCAGUGAUGAGCCUAUAACCUGCGGUCGUAUCUGCUCCAGGUACAAUGGCGGCUGCAGCCAUGUGUGCACAGAUGAAUCCUGGGGGGUUCGAUGUGUUUGUCCUGUUGGAUACAAGCUCUCCUCUAAUGGUGCUGUCUGUGAAGACUUGGAUGAAUGUGCUUCACCUUUUCCUCCAUGUGCACAUUACUGCACAAACACCAUUGGAUCUUACUACUGCCACUGCAGAGAGGGGUUUAAACUCAACAGAGAUGCCACAUGUCAAGCUUUAGGUAAUGCCACCCAACUACUGAUGGUACAGAGGAACACUCUUGGACUUCUGAAUGUAAAAUCUGAACAGUUCAAGGCCAUCAAGGCUUCAGUGUUUGAUCCGGUGGCUUUAACAUAUGACAUUACUAGCGGGUGGUACUACUGGGCUGACAAUGGUGGCAGCAUUUACAAAACUAAUGGGCAGAACAGCUGGAGAACAUUUACUGGAGAACCUGGAAUCAAAGGUCUAGCUUGUGAUUGGUUAAAUGGUUACUUGUUCUGGACCAAUCAGAAGACGGAAUCAAUCUACAUGCAGUCAAGUGAUGGUAAAAGCUUCACAACUCUGCUGAACAAAAAUGCCAGCCCAUCAGAAUUGGUGCUUCUACCCAUUGAGAGUCUGAUGUUCUGGAUCAAUGAAGGUCCGGGUGACAGAGUGACAUUAGAUAAGUCGUGGAUGGAUGGAUCAGACAGAAGCCCUCUUGCGGUCCUCACGGCCCAGUUUGCCCACAGCCUCACAGCUGAUGUACCUGCCAGGAGGCUCUACUGGAUUAGUGACGCAAAGAGGUCCGUAGAGACUGUGAGGGCGGAUGGGACUGGCCGUUACUCUUUCACAGGAUUCUUUGACAAGAGACCAGCUCUCAGCCUCACCGUAUUUGAAAGCAUGUUCUUCUGGACUGAUGAAAAGGGACUGUGGCAGGUUCCCCAAGAGAAGGCAUAUCCCAGGAAGCUCAUCAUGAAAACUGACUUGCCUCUGCUGUCAGUCUAUCAUGAGCUCCAACAGCCAAAAGGCUCUUCUGCUUGUGCUAAGACACCGUGCCUCCUCUGCCAACUGACUAAAAACAAUCCUGCUGGAUUCACCUGUGCUUGUCCAUAUUUUAAAGUACUGCUGCCUGACGGGACAUGUAAAUAUCCAAGGUUCUUAUAUGGCAGCGUAACAACAAUCAGCUUGCUGGAGUUUAGAGGCAAAGAGUCCUCUAAAAUGGCGCUGUUUUCUUCCGAUGAAGGAAUUGUGUCUUUUGAUGUCGACUGGUACAGAGAAUGGCUGUAUUGGGCCAACCGAACUGGCCACAUCCAACGCACCAGUCUGACUCUGGACAGGACCGAGUUCAUACCAACACCAUUGCCAGUUUGCCUACUAUCUGUGGAUCAGAGGAGUGGAAACCUUUUCUGGGUGUCAUGUGACCAAAACAUCAUUGGCACCAGUGGAGCCAGUAGUAAUUACCCACAGCAGUUGUAUCGCACCACGAAGGAGAUUGGCAGCUUUUACCUGGACUGGCUGAGGGGUGGGAUGUUCUGGCUGGAAGAGGGUUGGAUCUUUAGCAUGGGGAUUAUGGGAGGAAAAGCUAAGGAGCUGCUGCAGAUAGGAGUCAGUGGGAACAUCGCCUUUGACCUUAGAGCCAGCAGUCUCCUCUGGAACUCUAAAAGAGCAGGUCUGACGACGCUGAGUUUGUUGAAGGAGAGAAGCCACCAAGCCGGAAGAAGGUGGAACAUCUCGGGCUCAGUUGUGGCUGCCUUUGAACCUUUCCUAUUGUCCAUCUCGAACAAUGUGAUAACUUUGUGGGAUCGGCGGGACGGGAACAAAAUUCAGUCAGUUUCUGUGAAAGACCCAGUGCUGAGUGUUGUCAUAGCACUUGGGGAGAUUCAAAAAGUGCCUGAUACUCCAGUCUGCGCUGCCCCAUCUUGGUUGUGCCGAGAUUCAUCAGUCUGCCUUCCACAAAACCUGCUCUGUGAUGGCAAGAGAGACUGCCCUGAUGGAGAUGACGAGGAGUUCUGUGUUGGUGCUUGUCCUGAAGAGGAUUUCAAGUGCAAGGACAGAAGAAAUUGUAUUCCCAGAAGCCUUCUGUGUGAUGGCCGUGCACACUGCCACGAUGGCUCGGAUGAGGUUGACUGCCCAACCGUGGCUGCUCCUGAAUCGCAAACAAGUGUCCUAAAGUGUCACAGUGGCUCAAUGCUGUGUAAAGAUGGCACGGAGUGUGUUUUAUACAGUCAUGUCUGUGAUGGAGAGGCAGACUGUAUGGACAGAUCUGAUGAACUGGGAUGUGAUGCAAUUCAAGAACUCACAAGUUCCACAAAAAGAAAUGAAAAGCUUCCCGUUACCAAACCUCCUGUUCUGACUCUGCCAGCCUGCUUCAGCCCUUCUUCCCUUUGUCCUUCUUCCACUGCAUACGUUUGCAUUUCUCAGAGCCAGUUUUGCGAUGGCCUUAAAGACUGUCCUGAUGGCUUUGAUGAAGAGAACUGUGUAGAAAGUUGUCCAUCAAGAAGUGAUUUUCUCUGUAAAGACCAUCGGAGCUGCGUGUCAAAGAGUUUAGUGUGUGACGGCGGCUUUCACUGCCUUGAUGGCUCAGACGAAGCAGACUGUCCAAACGAAGCUCAAAGUGCUUCUCAAAACAGGGUUAAAUGUCGCCUUGGGUCCAAACCUUGCAGAAAUGGCAUAUCAUGUGUUCUCCUGAGCCAUGUUUGUGAUGGAGAGAGGGACUGUAAGGAUGGAUCUGAUGAAGAAGGAUGUGACACAGUAGUGAUUCCAGCCACCAUCCCCCCCACCACGCCCCCAUGCACCAGCCCUUCAGUUCUCUGUCCAGGUUCUUCUAUAUGUAUCAAACCCACACAGAUCUGUGACAGGAGGAGAGACUGCCCUGAUGGGUCUGAUGAGAAAUGUGUGAAAAGAUGUUCCUCUGACACCGAAUUCCGUUGCAAAGACCGCCGGUGGUGCAUCCCAAAGAGCCAAGUCUGCAACGGGCGUUCUCAGUGCAACGAUGGCUCAGACGAGGCUAACUGUCCGAGCCCAGUAGCGCCAGCAACUCCAACAUAUGUGUUGAAAUGUCGCUAUGGCUCCAGAAUUUGUCGUGAUAGGAUGGCAUGCGUUCUCCUGAGGAACAUUUGUGAUGGAGAGAGAGACUGUCCCGAUGGAUCAGAUGAAGAAGGAUGUGAAAACACAGAGGGUUCUGGUACUUCUAUGGUAAAUGAGCUCCUGAGUAAAUCUCCAGUGCCGACUCAAGGAACAAAGCCUCCCACUAAACCUCCUUGCACCAGUCCAUCAGUUCUGUGUCCAGGUUCAUUUGUAUGCAUCCAACAAAUACAGAUGUGUGAUGGAAAGAGAGACUGUCCUGAUGGCUAUGAUGAGAAAUGUCUAGAGAGAUGUCCUUCUGAAAGUGACUUCCUUUGCAAAGACCGUCAGAGCUGUGUCCCAAAGAGCCAAGUGUGUGAUGGCCGCUCUCAGUGCAACGGUGGCUCAGAUGAGGUUGGCUGUCAAAGCGAAGCACCUCCUGCAGCUCCUACCAAAGUCCUGAAAUGCCGUCUUGGGUCCAAACUCUGUGGCAACGGGAUGUCAUGUGUCCUCCUGAGUCACAUUUGUGACAGGGAGAGAGACUGUCAGGAUGGAUCAGAUGAAGAAGGAUGUGACCUUACAGAGGGUGUUUCUCCUGCUUCUCUAGACAGCGAAAGCUUGAAUCAGUCUCCCACACCCACUAAAGAUGUAACUCAGCCUCCCACUAAGCCUCCAUGCACCAGCCCUUCAGUUCUGUGUCCAGGGUCAUUGAUAUGCAUCAAACCAACACAGAUGUGCGAUGGAAAGCGAGACUGUCCCGAUGGAUCUGAUGAGAAAUGUCUGAAAAGAUGUCCCUCUGACGCUGAUUUCCGUUGCAAAGACCGUCGGAGCUGUGUCCCAAAGAGCCAAGUCUGUGAUGGCCGCUCUCAGUGCAAUGAUGGCUCAGAUGAAAUUGACUGUCGGGCUAUGGCGCCUCCGCCAGCUAAGACCAACACCCUGAAAUGUCGCAUGGGGUCCAGAAUGUGUGGUGAUGGGACUGAAUGUGUCCUCUCCAGCCAUGUUUGUGAUGGUGAGAGAGACUGUGGGGAUGGAUCAGAUGAAGAAGGUUGUGAUGUUGCAGAAACCGCUGAUGAAUUCUCGUCCCCCAACAAAUCAUUCUGCAGUUUUCCUUCCGUUUUGUGUCCUGAUUCAAAUGUAUGCAUUAACCCGUCUCAGUUAUGUGACGGGAUCAGAGACUGCCCUGAUGGAUCUGAUGAGAACUGUGUGAAAAAAUGUGCUGACAAGACCGACUUUCUCUGCAAGGACCGCAGGAGCUGUGUGUCUAGGAGUCUAGUUUGUGAUGGCCGCUCUCACUGCUAUGAUGCCUCAGAUGAGGCCGACUGUCUGACUGGGACUGCUCCUCCAUUUCAGCCCAAUAUCUUAAAAUGCCGCAUGGGCUCAAGGCCAUGCAACGAUGGCAAAGAGUGUGUUUUAUUCAGUCACAUCUGUGAUGGAGAGAUGGACUGUAUGGAUGGCUCUGAUGAAGAAGGAUGCCAAGAAACUUGCAAAUAUGGAGAGUUUCAGUGUGCCCAUGGGAAGAUGUGCAUCCCUGAGAUUGAGGUUUGCGAUGGCAAGCCACAGUGUCGAGAUCAAUCUGACGAAGUGGACUGCUGGGAGCAAACAAAGAGCUGCGAACACCGUUGUGCUGAUGGCAAGCGUUGCAUCCCGAAGAAGUUCCUCUGUGAUGGAGAGCUAGACUGCCUGGAUGGAACAGAUGAACAGAACUGCGUCCCUGCUCCAACAGAUUUUCCCAUUGUCACAUCAGCUUGCAUCAGUCCAUCAGUUAUGUGCCCAGGCUCAUCAUGGUGCAUCUCUCAGUAUCAGCUGUGCGAUGGGCAAAAGGAUUGCCCAGAUGGAUUUGAUGAAAUGGAAUGCAUCAUUCAAUGUGAAAACCCUGAAGACUUCCUGUGCAGGGACCAGAGGAAGUGUAUCCCAAAGACUCAAGUGUGUGAUGGUCGUGCCAACUGUCCAGACGGUUCAGAUGAGAAGCGGUGUCAAUCAGAACUUACCUCCACCUCCACCCUUAACACACCAAACACUAGGCCUGGGCCUCUAAAGUGCCGCACAGGUUUCAAGAUGUGUAAAAAUGGCCUGGAGUGCAUAAUGUACAGCCACGUGUGCGAUGGAGAGAGGGACUGCCUGGAUGGGUCCGAUGAGGAGGGAUGUGAGAAGCGAUGCAAACCAGGACAGUUCCAGUGUUCCCAUGGGAGUAAAUGCAUCCAACAAGAGCAGGUAUGUGACGGACAGAAUGACUGUCAGGACCGUUCCGAUGAAAUGGACUGUUCGAAACCGAGUGAAGGUUGCCAUCACCUCUGUGACAAUAAGACUCGCUGCAUUCCAAAAACCUUUCUUUGUGACGGAGAAAAAGACUGUGCUGAUGGGUCGGAUGAAGACAAAUGUGGAUUGGUAACUUGUGCAUUGGACCAGUAUCGAUGUGAGAGCGGGCAGUGUAUUUCUGAGGCUUUUAAAUGUGAUGGUUACCCCGACUGUCACGACCACUCGGAUGAGACGGGCUGUGUGAAAGCCCCGCGUUGCCCAGCACAGCUGAGAUGCCCACACAGCCAUGAAUGCCUGCAGAAAGAGUGGCUCUGUGAUGGAGAAGAGGACUGCAAAGAUGGGUCAGAUGAGAAGAACUGCAACAACCCUCCAACAAAAUGCAGGAAGUACCAGUUUCAGUGUGGAGAUGGCGGUAUGUGUAUUCCUCAAUCCUGGAGGUGUGAUGGAAAGAAAGAUUGCAACAAUGGAGCAGAUGAGGACAAAUGUACCCAAAGGAAAUGCUCCUACCACCUUUACCAGUGUGACAGUAAAGAGUGUCUGGACACAAGACUGGUUUGUAAUGGCAUCACCAACUGUGCUGAUGGCUCAGAUGAAGGCAUGGGGUGUGCUCAACGCAACUGCUCUGGUCCUUCAGCUCCUACUUGCGACCACAGCUGCGUCAGCACCCCAAAUGGACCGAGGUGUUUCUGCGAUGCAGGUUUCAGGCUGCAGUCCAGAUCCAGGUCCUGUGUGGACAUCGAUGAGUGUACUUCAACAGCAACUACUUCAUGCAAACAGAUUUGCCAGAACACCCGGGGAUCCUACAACUGUCUCUGCCACAACGGCUUUUACCUCGAGCCAGAUAACAAAAGCUGCAAGACAAAAGAUGAGCCUCUGCUUUUGGCAUCAGUGCAGUCCGAGAUGCUGAUUCUCGGAGUCCAUAGUGGUACGUUGCAGCUUCUCUCUGCCGCCGAUCGGCCAGUAUUCACUCUGGAUUAUCACUGGGCUGAGCAGAGAGUGUACUGGCUGAGUCCGGACCACCAGAGCAUACGCUGGGCUGACAUGAAAACUAAAAACAAAGGGACGCUGACUAAAGGUGUGAAGUCUGACUCUAUCGCAGUGGACUGGGUUGGUAAAAAUCUCUACUGGUUGGACGGACUGGUUGGGCAGAUUCUGGCAAUAAAGCUCAACGGUUCAAUGGUGAAAUCCCAGGACUAUACUGUGGUUCUUGGUGAAAACCUGGAGCAGCCAAGCUCACUGAUCCUGAUACCAGAAAAGGGAUUGAUGCUGUGGUCUGAGAUUGGUAGCAUCCCUCAGAUUGAGCGGUCAGGGAUGGACGGUUCACAGAGGAAAGUCUUGAUGAGCCAGGACUUAAGUUGGCCGGUCUGUCUGGCCUAUGACUUCCUGGACGACAGGGUGUACUGGGCUGACGAGAAGCUGCGCUGCAUAGGCUCUGCCUCUCUGGAUGGAGAUGAUGUAAAGAUCCUCCAGUUGACUGAAACUCCGAGCCCUUUUUCUGUGGCGGUUUUUAAUGACCGUGUAUUGUGGUCCGACACCAAGAGAAGGACUGUUCGUUCAGCUGACAAGAAGACUGGCAAGGAUCAAAAGGUUCUGCUUAAAAGACCUGGGCAGCCGUUUGGACUAAAACUGAUGCAUGCCCUCUCACAGCCAGCUGUAUCGAGCCCCUGUGAUAACGUUCACUGCUCCGAUCUCUGCCUUUUGGCUCCAGCAGCAACAGGAAAAUCUAGAGUUGGAGUUCCAGCAGAAAAUGCAGCAGUUUGUCGAUGCCCGAAGGGUUUGCUGCUUUCUCAGGACAGAAUCACUUGUGCCCUUCCUAAAGAGUCAUCUUUCAUCCUGCUUUUGUCCCAUAACAAAAUGUCUCAGAUUUACUUGCGCUCUAUGCGGCGUGAUGGUAUUGCACUGAAAAAAAUGCCAAACGGCAGAGAUUUUGAUCUCCCAGGAGUAACUGACGCCAUGACUCUGGACCUUUCCAUGGCAGAGUCUUCUGUGUUUGUUGCUUAUUUACGACAUGGAUCUGUGGAUGUGCUGAAAUUUAGCAACUCCAGAUCAAAACCAGACCUUGUACCUGCUGGACAAAUACUAAAUUUACAGGAUAAUUCAGUGACAGCUCUGGCAGUGGACUGGGUGACUUCCAAUCUGUACUGGAGCAGCAUGGAAAGACCUGACAUACAUGUGACAUCACGUCUUGAUGGCUACACCACCUCUCUGCAGCAAGGAUCUCUGAUUGGUGUUUCAUCCAUCACCCUCCAUCCUUCCUCAGGUAGGCUCUGCUACUCUGCCAUAGUAAUAAUGGGCUCAAGGAGCCAGACGGAAAUCCACUGUGCAUUCAUGGAUGGCCGUAACAAAGUAUUGCUGUGGAAGAAGUCAAGCAUCCCCAUCUCCAUGGUCUUUGCCAAUGACGGAACCAGAAUCUAUUGGGCUGACACUAAUGAAGGAGUAAUAGGAUCAAUUGGAGUGGAUGGGUCACAGUACGAUGAGUACAAAACAGGGCCACAUCUGCUUGUGUCUUUCACACACAUUGAAACCCUUUUCCUCUGGGUCACUCGGGACAAAGAUGUCAGCAAGUUGUGGUUUAGUGAUGGACACCAGCCUAAACAGUUGUGGUUUGAGACAAAGACCGGGGUAAUGGAAAUCAGAUCCUACAACAAUGAAACCCAGUCAGGAAACAAUCUUUGCUCAAACGCCAACGGUGGAUGUGUCCACCUCUGCCUGCCCUAUCCAGGAGGACGGACUUGUAAGUGUGCAAGGGGUUUUUAUGGUGCCAACGAUACGUCCUGCGUCCCGCUUCCUUCCUGCCCCACCGGAGAAGAAUCUUGUUUUGAUGGCAGCAAGUGUAUCGGGAGCAACAAGUUCUGUGAUGGGCGUGCGGAUUGUCCAGACCAGUCGGAUGAACAGGAUUGUCCAGGCUCUGACUCUGCCUCAUUAGGGACCAAAGUUAGUGGUGGCCAAUCCUGGCAGUCGUCUUCUCUCCAGCCCAACAGCCAGAACUCAAUUGUGCCUAAUAAAGACUUGGCGUCGUGUGAUCUCCAGCACUGCAAUGGCCAUGGCAGCUGCAUCACAGAGGGCAAAGUCAUUCGCUGCCAGUGUCUGCCUGCUUACAAGGGCGAGUUCUGUCAGGACCAACAAAGACAAAGCCACCCGGCUGUCAUACUGGUGUCCUUUUGUCUGGUCUCUGCAGUAGUAGUGGCUGCAUUUGUCUUCACUAAAAGGAAAGGAUGGGAGCACUUUAGAAGCCGAUCUGCAGAUAAAGAGAACCUGAUGUCCAACAUGGUUCUUCCUGGUGAAGAUUCUGACUCCGAGGAGCUAGAAUCUGCUAUAGAUGUGAAGCGCCCCCUGCAAACAUUUAAGUGACAACUGCAGCUGAAAUAAACUAUCAAGCUUUUACUGUCUGAACUGUGUGUAAUAAAGAUCCUAUGAACCAAAA